GAAGAGGCCUCUGCAGAGAGAGAGGGUGACUGCAGCCCGGGAUCAGCAGCAAGCCAGGUUCCCAUCCCAUAGGCCAAACACUUCAUCCCUCCAGGCGGCACCUCUGGCCAUGAGCUAGGCAGCGGACAGAAGAGUCCGUCGAACUGCUCCCACGCCGCGGAGACUCGGAGCUUUUUCACACCUCCUCCCUCUCUCUGCGGACAAGAUGGCUCGGUCCUCCUCCUCCUCCCUCCCUGGCCUCCUCCUCUUUUGUCUGUUCAUCCUCCUCCAGCCUCCCUGGGCCACACCGGCGCCCUGCCGGACUGCCACCCGGGCUGAAUGCCGCCGCCAUAAGGCGUUUGUGCCAGGCUGGGAGCUGGCCGGGGAGGGUGUGGAUGUGACCACCCUCCGCCGAACGGGCUACUUCCCUGUGGACGCUCACAGAUUCGAGCGUGCCGACGGCACCUGCACACUGUGCAGCAACGAUAUGCAGGAAGGAGAGCUCCAGCGCCUUCCCUUGGCCAUUACGGACUGGCACAGCCAGAGUGCUAUUUGUAAGCGGGACGUAGCCAAGACCGAAGCCUCCUCUGUUGUGCAAGUGGCCGCCGAGGCCGCCAAGACGAUCCAGAAUGACUGGAAGGUGGGCCUGGAAAUCCAGCCCAAGCCCAACAUCAAGGGCCAAAUAGCCGUGGCUGCCUCCCACUCUGAGGCAGCCCAGUUCGCAGCUGGAAAGACCCACCAGGACGAGUACAGUUUCACCAUCGACUCGGUGCAGUGUAGUUACUACAGAUUUCACCUGGUAGCGGACCCCCCCCUGAAUCAAGAGUUCCUUCGGGCUGUCAAGGCUCUGCCCCCCAAAUUCAGUGCCUCCACUAGCGCCGACUACCAUCGGUUCAUCGCCAAUUAUGGCACCCACUUUCUCAAGUCCGUGGAGCUGGGGGGCCGGGCCACAGACAUCACUGCCCUUCGUACAUGCAUGCUGGCUCUGGAUGGGCUCAAGGCCAAUGAUGUGAGCACAUGCCUUGCAGUGGAGGCAGCCGUGACUGUGGGUAAUGCCAUAGCCUCAUCAGAUGUCAAGAAGUGUGAGGAAGAGAAGAAAAACCACAACAUCAAGGGCUCCUUCCACACCACCUACAGAGAGCGCAAAGUGGAGGUGGAGGGAGGGAAAUUCAACGGGGGCUCAUCCGAACUGCUCUUCUCGGAUCAGGACGGGAAAGAGAAGUUCUCAGAAUGGAUGAACACACUCCCCAGCAAGCCCGGACUGUUGGCCUACACACUGGAACCUCUGCACUUCUUGCUGAAGUCUAAGAGUCCCUGGCGAGAGGAGCUAAGACAGGCUGUGAGCCACUAUGUGAACAGCAGAGCCCGGUGGCAGAACUGUAGCAAGCCGUGCCCUCCAGGGCAGAAGAAGAACCCCAGAGACCCGUGCCAUUGUGUGUGCCAGACAUCAGUCUUUACCAGCGGUGACUGCUGCCCCAGGGAGAGGGGGCUGGCCCACGUGGAGGUGACCAGCAUCAGCGCCAAGAACCUGUGGGGAGAUUAUUUCACAGCAACUGAUGCCUACAUCAAGGCCUUCUUUGGAAACAAGGAGCUGAGGACCCCAGUGGUAUGGAAUAAUAACAAUCCCACAUGGAACACGAAGCUGGACUUUGGGACUGUGCAGCUGAUGACUGGGGGCCCCCUGAGGAUGCAGGUGUGGGAGGCAGACCAGGGCUGGGAUGACGACCUCCUGGGCUCUUGUGACCGCCUGCCAGAGGCAGGGGGGAUGGUGGAGCACUGCUACUUCAGUCAUGGCCACCUAAAGUUCCAUUACCAAGUGACAUGUGCCCCCCAUCUCAAGGGGAGCAACUGUCUGCAGUACGCCCCUCGUGGAGCUCUUGGGGAGCCAGCAGGAAACCGGAGUGGAGCUGUGUGGUAAAAGUCCCAGUGAGAGGGGUAAACAGUGGGGAGGGGCUUGUUUUCAAGCCUCAACAGACUAAAAGGCUGUGCGGCUCAAUGGGAGAAGCUGUGAA